AUGAAAAGGGAUGCAGCCCAAGCUUCGCUCCAGCGUGAUCGUGACAGAGAUGAUGCCCGUGGCGUUCGUCUUCGGCCCAAAGAUUUUGCUGGAUAUUGGGUGAAGAAUCUUCCACCCGAGGGGCUUGGGGAUGGCAUCACAGCGGCUUGCUUCACGAUACCUCAUGAUGGUCUCGUUGACGAUUUGAAACAGUUCAUUGCUCGAGAACUGACCAAUCCACACUUUUAUCUUCCAAUGCGAGCUUUUCGACUCACGCAGAACGGCGAGGACAAGCCGCCCGUCACCAAGCUCAGCGCCAUCGAUACCACGGAUCUACUGACUUUUGAAUGGGUUGAACCAUACUCGAGCGAAAAUUAUCCCCGCCUUGAGUACAGGCCGUAG